ACCCUGUGCAUGGCAGGGGGAGGGGGAGAGAGAGAGAGAGAGAGAGAGAGAGAGGAUUUGUGGCAUCUACUUUGUCAGCUGUCAUUAGGCGCAGAUGACACACGAAGGUAAUCUGGCAGAGAAAAAGAGGGGAAAUACAAAACGAGUGUGUGAUUGAGUGCCGUGUGUGUGUGUGUGUGUGUGUGUGAACUGCUGUGUUGCUUGUGUGUGUGUGGUGUGAAAACCAGAGCGUCCGCCCGGCCGGCAUGGGAUGGAUGGUCGGCCGGAUCUGGACUGGUUAUGGACUGGUUUAACCAAAGCAGAAGUGCUGAUAUUGUCUGAAGAUGAGUAGUGGGGGGGGAAACACCCCGGAGCCCUCCUCAGGGGGCGAGACUCUGAAGAGGAAGGACUGUCCGUCAGACCUGGUGGGACCCAGCCCUAAGAGGAGCACAGAGAAGAGGAACCGGGAGCAGGAGAACAAGUACAUCGAGGAGCUGGCCGAGCUGAUCUUCGCCAACAUCAACGACAUGGACGACUUCAACGUGAAGCCGGACAAAUGUGCCAUCCUCAAAGAGACAGUGAAGCAGAUCCGGCAGAUCAAGGAGCAAGAGAAAGCUCCGGUGGAGGAUGCUGAGGAGGUGCAGCAGGCGGACGUCUCCUCCACAGGACCAGGGGUCAUCGAUAAAGACGCUCUCGGGCCCAUGAUGCUGGAGGCUCUGGACGGCUUCUUCUUCGUGGUCAACAUGGAGGGAAACAUCGUGUUUGUGUCGGAGAACGUGAGCCAGUAUCUGCGCUGCCAGCAGGAGGAGCUGAUGAACACCAGCGUCUACAGCGUGCUGCACGUCGGAGACCACGCAGAGUUCGUCAAGAACCUCCUGCCCACCAGCCUGGUGAACAGCCGCAGCAGUGACUCUUCGAACAGGAACAGCCACACGUUUAACUGCCGUAUGUUGGUCAACCCUCACGCUGACGCUGAAGCCGACCAGCAGGAGGCGCCGCAGCAGAAAUACGAAACCAUGCAGUGUUUCGCCGUCUCCGAACCCAAGUCUAUCAAAGAAGAGGGGGAAGAUUUCCAGUCUUGUCUGAUCUGUGUGGCGAGAAGAGUCCCCGUCAAAGAGAGACCUGUGAUGCCCACGUACGAGAGCUUCACCACGAGACAAGACCUCCAAGGUAAGAUCACGUCUCUGGACACCAGUCUGCUGCGGGCCUCCAUGAAGCCGGGCUGGGAGGAUUUGGUGCGGCGAUGCAUUCAGAGAUUUCACCUGCAGAACGACGGGGAGAUGUCCUUCGCUAAGAAACACCAGCAGGAGGUGCUGAGGAUCGGCCACGCUCUCAGCCCUCUGUACAGAUUCUCUCUCGCUGACGGCACCAUCGUCUCGGCUCACACUAAGAGCAAACUGGUCCGAUCGCAGGCCACCAACGAGCCUCAGCUCUACAUGUCGCUGCACAUCCUGCAGAGAGAGAACAUGACUGUGGAGAUACCAGGAGGGCAGGGUAUAUCCAAACCAAUGACCCCCACCAGUGUGAGCGGCCCCUCCCCUUCCCCUGAUGCCAGCGUCACCAGCAACACCCCAGUUCGUGGUUUAGGGGUCGUUUCGGGGCGGGGAAGCAGCCCUAAAACAGUGAAACUGGGCAGCCCUUCACCCCAGGGAAGCCCCAACGUCUCCUCCGCCAUUUUGUCCCCUCGUCAUCUCCUAAACCCCUCUGGGUCUUUCUCUCCUGCAGCUGGACUCCAUUCUCCAGCGUCUGUUUGCAGCAGCACGGGAAACAGCCAAGGGUUCAAUUCCCUCAGUGCACUGCAGGCAGUCAGUCAGGGGCACAGGGUUUCCCAAGGACUCACCGAGGGGCAGUGUACAGACAGGUCACCUGACAGGAAGUCGAUUGGCAUCCGGAGCCCUCAAAACACUCAAAACAGCAAGAAUAAUCAAAGCUUGGAGGCGGAUUUAUUGGGAACUUUUGGGGAGCAGCAGCAGGAGUUGUUGUUGUCCCCGAAUCAGGAGGAGGAGAAGGAUAGUGACCCCGAUUGCUCCGAAAAUAACGGGAGUUUAGGGGAGGGAAAUCGCCCGAUGAACACAAAAGGCCACACUAAGCUUCUUCAACUCCUCACCACCAAAUCAGAGCCCCCAGAUCCUUGCUUUUCUCCCCCUUCAGGCGACGACCAAAAGGACCAAAUGGGAGGUUUGGGUGGAUCCGGGAAUAACAACCACUCCACCUCGCUGAAAGAGAAACACAAAAUCCUCCAUAGACUCCUCCAGAACAGCACUUCGCCCGUGGAGUUGGCCAAAUUGACGGCGGAGGCGACGGGAAAAGACCCACUGGGUGGGGAAGCAACCUCUGGGGACAAUAUGGCCGCCCUGGGGGACAUCAAACAGGAACCUGGGAGCCCCAAAAAGAAGGACAAUGCGUUGCUGCGCUACCUGUUGGACAGGGACGACAACGGGAUCCUGGAUAAAACCAUCAAGAUGGAACCAGGCGAGGAACCGCAGCUGGCCAACGUGAAGAUAGAGAAACAGGAAGUGGGGUUCAACAUGGCCGACCAGGCCAGUGAGCUGGAGGAGCUGCUGGAGGAUCUGCAGAGCGGCCAGCAGCAGCAGCUGUUCCCAGGUCAGCCUCCAGUCAGGAGAGCAGCUCCCUCUUCCUCCUCCUCCUCUUCCUCUCUACCUCCUGCUCCCCCUGUGGACAAACAGAGCAUCAUCAGUGACAUCCUGCUGAUGACGGAGGGCAGCCGCAGCCCCCCCCCCCAGGCCAGAGGCUUCCCGUCCCCCGGACCUGCAGCCGGAUUUAACGGCGUCAGACCGGUUCAGACGGGCCGCUGCGCUCCGGUCCGCAGCUCGUCUCUGGACAGCUCCGUCAGACCCUUCCCCCCCCAGCACAGAAACGCCCCCCCCUACUCCUUACUGCAACAACAACAACAACAACAACAACAACAACAACAACAACAGCAGCAGCAGCAAGCUAUGAUGGGAAAUCAUGCAGGAAUGGCCAACCAGGCUGCGAUGGCCAAUCCAGGCAUGCUGGGUAACGGUGCGAUGCGGGGCUCCAUGCAGCAGGGCUGGGGUCCCCAGGGGCCGAUAGGGGGCACUGCGGGUGGGGCGAUGAUGGGCCACGGGGUCGUACAAGGUCGCAUGGUGCCCAACCACGGUGCGCUGCCCAACAGAGGGCCGCCGGGAUCCAGAACCAUGGUCAACAUGCAGAUGAUGGGCAACGAAAUGGAGAUGGCUGCCCCCGCAUACCCUCAUCAACAAGCGCCGCCCAAUCAGACGGCACCGUGGCCAAACCGAAUGAUAGCCAUGGAUCACUAUGGAAACCAAAGCAGGCCACCGUACCAGGAGGACGGGCUGCGGUGCUGCGAGGCCCCCCCCGACGAGAGAGCGCUGCUGAACCAGCUGUGCUCCGUGCUGAAAGACUACGAGGGUCUGGAGGAGAUCGACAAGAUGCUGGGGAUCCCAACGCUGGCUGGACAGGGUCACAUGUCAGAACAGUACCUGGUCUCCUCAGAUCACAACAUGAAGCCCCUCCAUUACUCCCAGCACUACGGAGACCCCCCUGGUUACGGCUCCAUGACUCAUGAUGUGGGGUACCACGGCCACAUGGGGAGGAUGCCCCCUGCUGGGUACCCCCCCAUGAUGAGGAUGCCGGGGGGACCCCGAGCGGGGGGGAUGAGGCCGGUGGGGCCCAAUCCUGGAGGGCCGCAACCCAACAACCUGAGGCUCCAGCUGCAGCACCGCCUGCAGGCUCAGCUGAACCGUCAGCCAAUGGGGAACCAGAUGAGUGGCGUGUCCAACAUGAAUCUACCUCUAAGAUCUAAUGUACCAAACCAGGGAACCCUGAACGCCCAGAUGUUGGCCCAGCGUCAGCGCGAGUACCUCAAUAACCACCUCCGGCAGCGGCAGCAGCAGCAGGUGGUCCAGCAGCAGAGAGCCAUGAUGAUGAGGACUCAGGGUGUGCCCAGUGGGGGGUCCGCUCCCACGCCGAUGCCCAUGGGGGGCACCAACCCUCGGCUCCCCCAGGGAAACCCUCAGCAGUUCCCCUACCCGGCGUCCAGCUACGGUACCAACCUGCCCUCUCCUCCUCUUCCUCCUCCACCUCCUCAUCCCGGCUCUUCCAGCCCCUUCUCCUCCUCCCCUCUCUCCCCCAGCCAUCACUUGGCUAGCCAGGGCAUGAUGGGAAAUGUAGGCGGACAGUACAGCGGGGUUAUGAGUCCUCCGUCUCAGCACAGUGCCUACCAGUUCAGCAGCUCAGGAAUGAGUCAGCAGCAGCGUCAGGAUCCAGUGUCAGGGUUCCCAUGUGGAGCUGCGACCCCUCAGAGCCCGCUGCUGUCCCCCAGGAUGCAGCAGGGGCAAAGUCCCAUGAUGCAACAGCAGAACCAGGGCCAGCCACAGAACCAGGGUCCGAACCAGAGACUGCCCGGGUACCAGCCCAGCAGCGCGUGGACCCAGUCGGCCAACAUCUCCACCAGCAACAGUGUGUACCCGCAGCAGUCCCAGUCGCAGUACUCCACACAACCCACCGCAGGAAUGUAUAAUAACCCCAACACCAUGAACCUGGGAGUGAUGGCAGGCAGCAGCGGGGGAAACAUGAACCAGAUGUCAGGACAGAUGAGCUCCAUGAACACAGAGCAGGUGGAGGACGGCAGUCUGAUCCUGGAGCAGCUGGCCGGGAUGGAGAUGUUGACGCAAGAGAGUGAAGCCAGUUCUAAUUUCUGCUGACCCCGGCUGUGUUUAAGACAAGGUAACACAGGAGCAAAUGCAAAAAACGUAACUCUGCUCAUGAAGAAUUAACGAGAAGUUGAGAACACAUGAUGUAAACAGGACGCUCCCUCUGUCACACCAUCCACAUCUGAGGCAAAACAGGAAGAUGACAAUACUGUAAAUGAGAGCGUUCACAUGUGUGAGAAACUGGAACAACAGUUUGAGAAGAGAGUGGUUGACGAGCAUAAGUGAAACCUCUGGAUUUGAUCUUUCUAUGGUUCUAUUUGAGAGCCUGACUGAAAACACAUUGAAUAACAAGGUUUAUGAAGAAAUAUUUUACAGGUAUUUAUAGUUUUGAAGAAGUUUUAGAGAUUAUUUGUAUUUCAUUAAAAAAAAUCAAGGAUAUCUUUCUUUAAGAAAAUCUCAGAAUGGUACAUUAUGAUGUCGAUUUUAAAUGUUAAUAUAUUUCAACUGCUGUAGUUACUGGGGAGCUGUAUCCCUAUUUAAUGACUUUUUGAAUGAAGGUGAAUGUGUAUAGAUAGUGUACAUACUUAGAUUUUAAAUACCCCAUUUCCUCUAUGUGGCAUUGCUUAACAGCAGUUUGGAGUUUUAGUCCAAUGAACAUCUGUCGGGAGCAGAAAUAUUUAUUUGGUUUAAUGAGACCUCAGUGGGUAGAGCUCAAGAAACACAAAUGGAAAAAUAGAAGGUCAAUUAAUCUGGCGUAAGCUAAUCAGUAACCUUGCCUGGGUAUUAUGCUAGUCUAUCAUAGCUAUAAAUAAUCUAAUGCUAUUUUAAUUGACCUAAUUUGAAUAUGAAAGUUCAUCUAAACUCACUAGCUACCCUUAAGCUAGUUUGAGUUUAGUUUACGAGAUAGCCCACUUGACCUUGUUUGAGGUAAGCUAAAUAGAUAGCCUUCUUAACAUGGUUUCAGCUAAGCUAACUAGAUAGCCUUCUUAACAUGGCUUCAGAUAAGCUAACUAGAUAGCCUUCUUAACAUGGCUUCAGAUAAGCUAACUAGAUAGCCUUCUUAACAUGGUUUCAGCUAAGCUAACUAGAUAGCCUUCUUAACAUGGUUUCAGCUAAGCUAACUAGAUAGCCUUCUUAACAUGGCUUCAGAUAAGCUAACUAGAUAGCCUUCUUAACAUGGUUUCAGCUAAGCUAACUAGAUAGCCUUCUUAACAUAGUUUCAGAUAAGCUAACUAGAUAGCCUUCUUAACAUGGUUUCAGCUAAGCUAACUAGAUAGCCUUCUUAACAUGGUUUCAGCUAAGCUAACUAGAUAGCCUUCUUAACAUGGUUUCAGCUAAGCUAACUAGAUAGCCUUCUUAACAUGGCUUCAGAUAAGCUAACUAGAUAGCCUUCUUAACAUGGCUUCAGAUAAGCUAACUAGAUAGCCUUCUUAACAUGGUUUCAGCUAAGCUAACUAGAUAGCCUUCUUAACAUAGUUUCAGCUAAGCUAACUAGAUAGCCUUCUUACCAUGGUUUCAGCUAAGCUAACUAGAUAGCCUACUUAACCUAGUUGCAGCUAAGCUAACUAGAUAGCCUACUUAACCUAGCCAACAUUCCUUUGCCAAUUGGUACAUACAUUAAAAUGUCCCUACAGUAAAUGAAAAUUACUAAUCAACUCCAUCAUCAGGUCAAAACAGUAAUUUGUCCAAAAACCUGCAUACAUGGCAUUUCCAUUACUGUUUAUAAGCAAUAGCUAGCAUGCUGACACACUUAACUAAAUGGUGAGAGUCAUAGCAUGCUAGAUAUUGCAUGAUAUUUACAUUUAUAGAAUAACAUGAGACCUGGUAAACAUUAGAUAUCUGUAGACACGUUAUAUUGACUUUCAGACAUACAUUGUUUGUGUGCUCUACCUACUGAGGAUUAACCAAAUAAAUAAUUUCUUCUUCUAAAUUAGCUUUGCCUCUCAAAUAAAUCUGUGUAGGCCUACUAAUAAAACUCCACGCUACUGUGAUUGUUUUCAAAACUACCUGCAGGAGUUCACAGGCAUUUAUAUGAAGCUCUCUGUCUGCUGAAGGAUAAUUCAGACGUUUGUAGUUUGUUGUUUUGGGACUUUUUGUGGGUGAAGCUGUGAUCUUUACAUGACAGUUUCAAUUUAAAUCAAUCAAAUUAAAACCAAUUCAGAGGGAUAUUAAAGGCAGAAUGAGUAAGAUUGUGUUAAAAAACAACAAACAUAGCCUAUAAAUGUGUGAGGAUGAAAUACAGCUGUCGACAAAAUCCUACUUCAAGGAUGAUCUGACCUCAGCCAUAAACAGAUUAUUGGUCCUGAAUCCAAAUGUUAUAUUUAAUGAAGAAGAUUAAGGUGACCCAGCAUCUUAAACACCCAAAGUGUAAUAAUCGGGACUAUUUGGCAACAGGUGCUCUCUAUAUGUAUAAGGUGCUGUCUUGUAUAAGCUUUUAAAUUAACAAUACGUGGAUGUCUACUUCACAUGGUCCAAAAAUCUGUUAAGCACAUACUUUAACCAUAGUAUGACUUGUUUUCUGGAAAGAAGGUGAAAAUGAAACACUGAAAUUAAUUUUAAACCUUUUUUUAUUUUAUUUUACAAUGAUGUUUCCUUCAUGUCCAUCUUGCAUAUUGUACUCCAGUGUGCUAGCAUAUUGUAAAAAUCCCAAAUAUGUUAGCAAAAACCUUGAGUAAAUGUAAGCCAUGGAAAUGUCCUGAAUGUGAAACUCUCUGCAAAGGCAAUCACGAGCAAAACCCAUGUACAGUACUAAUAAUACUUUACUGACUGAUACAGUAUACAUAUAUAUAUAUAUUGAAGAUUUUUAGAUGAAUAUUUUAUCAAUUGCAAAAUACUGUAUUUCCUGUAAGUACCUUAAGAUGAAGCAUCAUGCCUUAGAUCUGUGAACUGUAACUUUAAGCUUGACAGGUGAAUUCAUUCUGCCACAUACUGCUGUGUGAGCGUUUCACCACUUCAUACUUUAAGUGUAAUAAUUAGACGGCCAGGGUUUUUAUAUUUCUCCCCAAAAAUCCUCACAAAACAACCUGUGUAUCAACUCAUAGAAAUACAAUAAUACUGUGUUGGCAGUUGCUUUUUUUCUUGUUGUUAAACUGUAUAUGUGCACAAUGCAUCAGGUAGAUUCUCCUUCACUAACACUGUUUAUUUUGUAUUUCUUUUAAAGGGCAUUUAUAUAAUAUUUGACUUUUGCUGAUUUAUGUUGGUCUCCACUAUACUGUAGUAGUAUAUACAGUAUAUACUUGUGAUAGAAUUUGAGCUACGGUGGCCUGUAAUUGACAAGGUUAUUUAACUGUAAUGCAAGACGACUCCUGAGACAAUUAGGUUACCAUUUCUGACAUAAAAUGCUUCAAAAUAUCUAUAUUUUACACAGAAAUCAAUGUAAAAUCAAUGCGGACAGCUGAGGAGAUUUCAUAUAGAAACCCGUUUUUGAAUGUUUCAGUUUCUCCACAUCUUUUUUUGCAAACCUCUAAAGAGAAACGUUAAAACUGCUACAUUUUGCAGACGUUAUAAGAAGUUUGGACCCAAAUAAAGCCGGCAAAAACUUUAAUUAUAGGUUAAACUAAUUAAAUGCACCUGGAAAAAAAAUCUGUUGUAUUAAAUUAAAGGUAUGUAAAAACAAACAGCUAAUUCUUAUUUGGGCGUUUAAGUUAUAUUUCAGUGAGAUAUUUUUCAACAUUUUGUAGUUUUUUUAGUUAAAAGCCUCUACACUAGAUGUCUUUAAUGUGACAGUUGAGUCUUUAAAAUACUAAUGGCACUAGUUGUUUAAAUGGUGCUGUCAAAAAGCAAUUCUGACAGGAUGUUUUUAUUUAAUUUAAUACAACUAGUCCAGUUAGAUAGAUGUCAAAUGAAGGACAUCUCAGAAACUGUUGAAAUAAUCAUGAAGACAUUAUUUUGUUUGUGAUAUAAGUCAAACACACCCCCUUUUAGAAUAUCUUUUAAUCACACUUGUGAGUUAUGCCACUGUAUAAAAGUUGUCUUUGUGAUCAGCUGAAAGUGUUUUAGGGUAUCGUUUUAAAUCAGUGCGAUGUGUGAUGAAGAUGUUCAGAUUUUCCAACACACACAGAUCAUUCAGAGUGUGUGUGAGGGUUUUAUUAUGCAAAAGUCCUGACGUUCACACCACUUUAUGCAAGCUGUCGACUCUAAUGUUGCUUUUGCCAAUGCUGCUGUUAAUUUAUGAUUCAUGCCACUGUAAAUAAAUUAUUUUUAUUGAGCGGGA